AGGUACGAUCCAGUGUAGACAGCGAAACGGAGUGAAAACCCGGCAGGAAGAUCGCGAUCGCGACAGUGCAAUCUUUGGGAGGUGUUCUUGUGCCGUUCUAACCGUGUCCAGUGUGUUGUGUGCUACAUGUACUAUUCGUCUAGCUGUGUAAAGUGCAUUCUCCCGCUGUGAGUGUCGUUCAAGUGGAACUGUGAGUACAGAUACAUCGAACAUGGCAAACAUGGACAUUAAUGAGUUUCGUGAGUUUGGCCGAGCGGCCAUUGAUUUUGUGGCGGACUAUCUGGAGAACAUCCGGGACAGAGAUGUCCUGCCCUCGGUAGAGCCGGGCUACCUGCAUGAUCUGCUGCCGGGAGAGCUGCAGAACGAACCGGAGGACUGGAAAACGAUCAUGGAAGACUUCAAACGGUGCAUCCUGCCCGGGCUUACCCACUGGCAGUCGCCCCACUUUCACGCCUUCUAUCCAUCGCAAACGUCCUACUCAUCGAUCGUGGGCGAAACGCUGGCGGCCGGGCUGGGAGUUGUUGGGUUCAGUUGGAUCUGCAGCCCCGUCUGUACCGAGCUGGAGGUGAUCAUGAUGAACUGGUUGGGACAGCUGCUGAAUCUCCCGAAAUCGUUCCUCAACUGCGACGAAGGAAACGGCGGUGGCAUCAUCCAAGGAUCGGCCAGCGAGUCCAUCCUGGUGGCUGUGUUGGCAGCCCGCGAGCAAGCCGUUCGUCGCUUGCGCACGCAGCAUCCCGAGCUGACGGAGGCGGACAUACGCGGACGCUUGGUGGCGUACACGAGCGAUCAAAGCAACAGUGCGGUCGAGAAGUCUGGCAUUCUGGGUGCGAUCAAGAUGCGCUUGUUACCCGCCAAUGAAACUGGAAUACUGCGCGGUUCAACCUUCAUCCAGGCGGUGGAGGAAGACGUAGCGAAGGGCCUCUUCCCAGUGAUCUGUGUCGCAACGCUCGGCACGACGGGAACCUGCGCCUACGACAACCUAGCCGAAAUUGGUCCGUACUGCAACGAGCACAACAUCUGGCUGCACAUCGAUGCAGCGUACGCCGGUGCGGCCCUCUGUCUGCCGGAGUACACGCACAUCAUGAAGGGUGCGGAGUUGGCCGACUCGCUCAACUUCAAUCUGCACAAGUGGAUGUUCGUCAACUUCGACUGCUGCGCGAUGUGGUUUAAGGAUGCGGGCUCGGUAACGCAAUCGUUCAGCGUCGAUCGGAUCUAUCUGCAGCAUCAGUUCCAGGGUCAUAGUAAGGCGCCGGACUAUCGGCACUGGCAGAUUCAGCUCGGUCGUCGGUUCCGCUCGCUCAAGGUGUGGAUAACGCUGCGUACGAUGGGUGCGGAGAAGAUCCGGAGCUUGAUUCGGUUCCACAUACAGCUGGCGAAUCGGUUCGAGGAGUAUGUCCGGACGGACGAUCGGUUCGAGGUGUUGUGCUCGACGCUGGCUCUGGUUUGCUUCCGGCUGAAGGGAGACGAUGCACGGUCGAAGCAGCUGCUGGAGAACAUUACGAAGCGGAAGAAGAUCUUUAUGAUACCUGCGACGUACCAGGGUAAGUUUAUUAUCCGCUUCAUGAUCUGCGGUAUCGAUCCGCAGAUGCAUGAUAUUGAGUACGCUUGGGAGGAGGUACGAUCGCAGGCGGACUUGUUGCUCGGUGAAGAUGAGAAUCGGAACGUGACAAAGCAGGCGAUCGAACCGGUGGAACCGAAACUGUACGAGAAGAGCUCGGAGAUCGGUAAGAUCACGGAAAGCUUAACCGGUAUGGUGAUUUCGAACGAAAAGGGACAGUAAGGUUGAUAAUUGUACGCGAAAGAGAAAGUAGCAUUUAAGAGUUCCUUCAUUUUAGCUAAGUUUCAUCAAACCUUUCUGGAUGUGUUGGUUGUGUCCAAAAUUUUGUUUGACUCAUGUGUUUAUGCAAUAAAGAAUGCUUAUUUUAUACAUAUAA